AAUAAGCGCGUACCAGCGCACAUUAUAUGUAUACUAGGACUAAUUAAACGUAACUAUAUUAUAUACAUUUUUGGAGCAAUUUUACAUGAAACUUAUGUACGCAAUUUUAUAAAAAGCAGUUGCAAUGGAGCAAUCGUCGCAAAGCAACCUUACCAUUCAUGAAGAUGGUAAUGGUAUCGUCGAAUCGCAAGAAAUGGAUCACAAUCAAUCACAAAUAGCGGUAAACUUAAGUGAUAUUACUACCAAUCACGAAACCACCGAUAUUGUGGACUGCAUGAUCGAUACGGAUGACGAAAGAGAUGAAGUCGCAAUGAAGGAACUUACCGCCAUCGCGGGUAACAGCUACUACGAACCAAGUGCUUAUAGUGUUUGGAAACCUGAAGAACAAGAAUUAAGUGAAAAUCAAGAAGAAACAAAGAAGCCAAUCUUCGAUCAAGCAGAACCAGAUGGAUCCAUGGUACUACAAGCACAGUACUACCUGGAAAAAGCACAAGAAUCUAAAUUGGGAAAAUAUAGGACAAUUCGUGAAGUAGAUCGAGCUGAACGAUUUGGAAAUCCACUUGUCAUAAAAACGAGAGGAAUAGAUGAAGCAGAUACAAUAAGUAAUGAUGAAGUACUAUCUAAAUUGUUCCCUAUGAGAAAACCAAAGGAUGCAGGAGCAGGUAUAAUCUCAGGUGUCAAAAACGUAGCCAAAGGUGUUAUGCUGGGCGCUACAAGUUUAGUGUUAUGCCCAGUAGUAGGCGGACAUCAACAUGGUGUUGGAGGGUUCUUCAAAGGCAUGGCCGCGGGACUCCUGGGAGCUGUGGCUCUGCCAGUGGCUGGAAUUGGGGUAGCAGGAUAUCAAAUCACAAGAGGUAUCAUAAACACACCAAACGCCAUAUGCCAAAGAUAUAACGGUAAAAAGUGGAAUAAACAACAUGGAGAAUGGAGAGAUAAUUGGUACUCACUCGACGAUGAAUUGAAAGAAGUCACAGAAGCAGUGCAAAGGCAAGCUGAUGUAGUACGCACAAAAACAGAAGCUGCACAAAGCGCAAGGAUAAACAAUGGUGAAACGAGAAAAGUUGCAGAUACAGAAUUCUAUGAAAUAUUAAAUGUACAACCAACAGCAACACAAGCUGAAAUUAAAAGGCAAUACUACCAACUUGCGAAACAGUAUCAUCCAGAUAAAACAGGUGAUGCCACAUCAGCAGAAAAAUUCAUGAAAUUGGGAGAAGCAUAUCAAGUACUGGGAGAUGUGAGCCGAAGGAAAAUGUACGAUGAACAUGGAAAGGCAGCUUGUGAAGAAAUGCCUAUACUGGAUAGCUCACUAUUCUUCAUGGUACUAUUCGGGUCCGACAAACUAGAACCAUACAUAGGAAAAUUGAGAAUGGCAUUGUACAUGGAAUUAGACCUCCAAAAUAGAAAUUACUCACCCACGGAAAAGGAUUUCGAAGUAGCACAGUGGGAACGUGAAGUCAAACUCGCAUUCAACCUCAAGGACCUAGUAAGACCAUAUGUAUGCGGUGAAUUAGAAAAGUGGUAUGCAGAUAUACUCAGUAGCGCUAAUGAACUCUGCGUCAACCCAUUCGCAGUGGAACUCGUUUAUACCAUUGGAUGGACAUACGAAAACAUAGCAAAUAGAUAUAUCUGGAAAUGGAACACGUUUCUAGGAUUAGGAGGAAAUGUUGCAAAAGUACAGGAAAAAUCGAAAAUGAUGAGAAAAGGAUUGAAAACUAUGACAUCACUCUUAAAAACAGCAAUUGCAGAACGUAGCGCAGAACGAGCGGCAGCAAGAACAGGAGAAAAACAAUCAAUGCUAAACGAAGAAUAUAUGAAACAGACGUCCGAAAAUACAUUGGCAAUAGUCAUGGAUGCAAUGUUACACAUAUGCCUUAUGGACGUACACUUGAGUGUAAAGAAAGCAGCAAAAAGACUCUUGGAAGAUAUGGCAGUAGAUGAACAAUGGCGCAGAAAACGAGCUGAAGGGCUAGGACUUAUGGGAAGAGCAUUUAAAAUAGCUGCCGAAACAGCACGCAAAAGGCUCGCAGAAAACAACCAACCAUUCGAUAUGUAUAACAUGUUCGUUAGAGCCGCACACGAACAGGAACAACAAAAAGGACAAAGCACGGUACACCACGUAUACCGUAGCGAUGAUACCUUCUUCUAGAAACACAAAUACAUUUCUACAAAUACCGCGAAAAAAACGCAUUGCGAACUAUGGAAAUACUAUAGGAAACGCCAUAUACAACUACUGUACAUAU